AUAUAGAAACGUGUACACUAAAUAAGUUUAUAUUUCACAUCCAACAAAUUAAUUACAGUUAACUUACUAAGCUUCUAGCUCUAGCCAUAAGUAGGCUUCUAGAGAACUCAUUGAUCAAUCACAGAGCCACACCUAAUCACACUUUAAUCAUACCAACGUCUCCUUAAUCCUCUUCUUGUCCUCUCUAUAUAAAUCCUUCCCUCUCACUUCAAAGCCCCCACUCUCUCUCAUUCCACCUCACCAGUCUUCUAUCCAUCACAUAAAUUGAUAGAUACAUAGAUAGAUAUAAAUUACCAAUUAUCCAUUUAAUUAAUUAGUUAUUUUUUAUUAAUUGCUAAUUAUGGAUUACUCGGCAGCGGAUGGGAACAACCUGAAGGGAGAACGGGACCAGCUCCACGUGGUGAUGCUCCCCUACUUCGCCUUCGGGCACGUGCUCCCGUUCCUGGAGCUGGGCCGCGCCCUCGCCCGCCGCGGCCACCGCGUCUCGCUCCUCGCCCCGGCGGCGCUCCUCCGGCGGCUCCCCGCUCCGGCGGGCGCUACUCCGCUCCUCUCCUUCGUCGCCCUCCCCCACCUCCCCCCGUCUCCUCCACGGCCGACCUGCCCCCAGACUCCGCCCUCCCUCCAGAAGUCGCUCGACUCCCUCCGCCCCUUCUUCGCCGAGUUCGUCGCCGGCUGCUCCCCAGCCGACUUCGUCGUCCACGACUUCGCCGCCUACUGGGCCGCCUCCUCCGCCUCCCUCCCCGCCGUCUUCUUCAGCACCUUCCCCGCCUCGACCGCCGCCUUCUUCGGCCGCACCAACCCCGCCGACUUCAUCGGGCCGCCCAGGUGGGUCCCCUUCCCCACCGCCGUCGCCUUCCGCCGCCACGAGCUGCUCCGGAUCUUCCUCGACUCGGUGCUCCCCAACGCCUCCGGCGUGCCCGAGUCGGCCCGGCUCAAGAUGGGCCUCGCCGGCGCCGCCAUCGUCGCCCAGCGGUCCUGCCCCGAGCUCGAGCCCGACUGGUUCCCGCUCCUGUCGGGCCUGCACGACCGGCCCGUCGUCCCCCUCGGCCUCCUCCCCUCGACCCAAGCCGCCGACGGGAACCUGAGCGCCCACCACCCGAGGAUAUUCGAAUUCUUGGAGGCCCAGAAGACGGGGUCGGCGAUCUACGUCGCCCUCGGCAGCGAGGCCGUGCUGACGGCCGAGCUACUGCGCGAGCUGGCCUUGGGCCUGGAGCUCUCGAACGUUCCGUUUUUAUGGGCCUUGAGGAAGCCCGCGGGGGCGGAGGACGCGGCGGCGCUGCUGCCCGAGGGGUUCGAGGAGCGGACGAGGCCCCGUGGGCUCGUGGUGACGGGGUGGGCCCCGCAGGUGCAGGUGCUGGGCCACGAUGCGGUGGGGGCGUUCCUGACGCACUGCGGGUGGAGCUCGGUGGUGGAGGGCCUGCAGCACGGGCGGGCGCUGGUGCUGCUGCCGGUGUGCGCCGACCAGGGGCUGAACGCGCGGGCGAUGGCGGAGAAGGGCGUGGGUGUGGAGGUGGAGAGGGACGAGGACAGCGGGUUCUUCAGCCGGAGCGCAGUGGCUGAGGCGGUGAGAAAGGUGGUGGCCGGGGAGGAGGGCGCGAAGGUGAGGGCCAAGGCCAAGGAGGUGAGCAAAGUGGUCGGGGAUGUAGAGAUGCAGGACAAGUACGUGGAUGGCUUUGUCAAGUGUUUGAAGGAGCACAGGGCCCGGGAAAGCAAUAUAUAAUAUCUACUAAUAAUUAAGAUGGAUUUACUUUUAAGAUGGAGUUACUUGGCACCGGGGCAUGCAUAUUUUAUAUACAUAUAUACAUUUAUUAGGUUGGUAAUUGGUGCCAGGUGGUGGAAUUUUAUGUGUUCUUUUGAAUUGGGUUUGUUGAUUUCUGGGUCUAUAGAUGCAUCAUCAUCAUCAUCAUAGGAAACUUCAUUGCUUCUUCUUCUUCUCUUACUGGAGAGGAGUUUGCUCUUGUGUUAUAUCAUUCAUUUUCUGAUUCCUGGUGGAGCUGGGAAGGGAUUCAACCUGUUCGUUGUGUUUUAUUGCAUUUUGGUAAUUGUAUGCACUUUUCAUUCCUAUAUUGUCAACACGGACAUAUCAAGUAUUUUUAGUGUAUCUAUUCAAAAAAUAAAAAAAAAAUCCUUUUUGACACUUUCUAAA